AUGAGCUCCCCUAGCAGCAGCCCCGCCACUUGCACCGCCGCGGUGCCCGCCGAGGCAGCGGCCGGCAGCCUGUCGAGCGCCACCGAGAAGCAGACAUCGAGCGCGGCGCCACCGCCUGCGCCAGGGCCGGCCCCGCAGUGGCUGCGGCCGCGCGGGCACAGGCCUAGCGUAGCAGCCCCGCCGCCGCCGGCUCGUCCUUCUGCGGUGCCCCGCCGCCGAGGACCUGCGCGGGCCUCCGCCGCAGCCCCGCGCUGGCUCCAAGCGGCGCAGCCGCUCCCCUUCCGCUGCCUCGACGCGGCCCGAGGCGACGGCUGA